AUGGCCCAACCCAUCCUCACCCGCCUCACCUCCAACAUCGAAACCACAACCACCACCCCCACAACCCCCCUCGACACCCGACUCUUCGAAGAAGCCGAACUCCUCCUCCCGGAAACCCUCCCCUCAGAAGAAAAAUCUCACCUCAUCACCCUCCUCUCAACCCUCCUCCAAACCCUCCAACAAGACCCCACCCCCGCCGUGAACCUCCUCCUCCGCCUCGUGCAAGACCACAGCUACAGCGACGUGCUCCAACUCGGCGCCAACAUCCCCUUCACGGCGGGGCUGGCGGUGGGGGAGCACAUGGUGGCGUUUAACCGGUUGAUUCUGGCUCUGCUGGGGAAGGCGACGCGCAAUGCGGCGGAUGCGGCGUCGGUGGCGGGCAUGCUGGAUACGGUGCACGCGUUGGUGAGGUUGUGGCUUUGUACGGCCGAUACGGGGAUUGCGGCUUCGGCGUCGCAGCUGCUUUUGGAGCUUUUGGGGGUUGAUCAGACGAUUAGGAGAGAUCCGGAUGAGGAUCUUCCUUCUGGGGGGCAGGGGCUAAUGUGGAAGCGGGUGUUUGGGGAUCGGGAUGUGUAUCGGACGGUUUUUGAGGCGUGUUCGUUGACGGGGAAGGGGCCCGGGGGUGUGGAGUUGAGUAAGAGUCAGCGGACGCUGGCGCAGGCGAGGUUGAUGGAGUGGUUGCCGCGGGUGGGGGCGAUGGAUUGGGGAGCGAUCGAGAGGAGUCAUCAUGCGGAUGUGGAGGGGGAGUUUGGUGUUGAAGGGGGUGGGGGAUUGUUGGAGUUUGCGGCGUUGCGGAUGGUGGAUGUCAAGGAUGAUGUGCUGAUGUAUCGAUGUUUGAUCGAUUUCUUCUCGGAUCUGCUGCAGUGUACGAAGAGCAACGUGCGGAUCCCAGGAAGCGGCACGACGGACUCGGCGGCUCUUCGAUACCUCAUCACUCAGGGUCUGCAUGCUCGGACUGCUGCGAUUUACGUCCAAAUACCGGGCGUACAGCUGGAUCCUCUGGAAUCGAUGUUCCUCUAUGGGCCUGCGGCGAACUACAUAGCGACGUACGCCUCGACCUACCCGGAACACUUUCUCGCCAGCCAGAUGCCCAAGCAGGUCCUCGAGCGUCUCAGCACAGCACUCAAUCUCUCCCCAGGAAAAUGGGCACACGCCGAUUCACCGAAGCACGACCUACAUGUGCUUGCAAGCCUCCCUCGGAAAGCGCUCCUCACAACAUCCGGCACAGACGACUGGCGCUCAAGCCCCCUCUCCCUCGUCCCAUCAAAAGCCACAAACCCAGACGCCCUCAACACCCUCGCAACGAUCUUCCACGGACCACCCGACUCAAUAACCUACAACCUCGCCACCUCACAACAACAAGAACCAGAGAACCAGGAAGAAUCCACAUACGCCCGAGCGUUAUACUACACCUACCUCUCGCACAACCCCUCCUUCUGGGCCGACAUAACCACCCACGCCGACACAAUCGCCCUCAAAGACCUCGCGCUCUCCGCCCUAAACGUUCUGCACUCCGUCAUAACUGCCACCUGGCCCUCCACCACUACCACCACCUCCCAAACCCCACCCCUCCCAACAACCCUCGCCACCCCACCUUCCGGCCACCUCGCCAUCCUCUCCCCGCCUUCACUAGAACACACACUCCCCUACCUCCUCAAACCCCCGCAAACCUUCGCGAAUCUCGUCGGAGGCAGAGGAGAUGUCGAGAGCGCGGCGUAUAAGAUUGCGAGUGCGAAGUUCGAUGCGCUGAAGGCGUUUCAUGGACGGUUGGUGGAUGAGGUGCAGAGGUCUCCCGGCGAGGGAUACGAGGAGAUUUUGGCGACGGUGACGAAGAGGUUGGCGGAGGGGCCGUUGAGUCGCGAGGGAGAGGUGGGUGGACGGGUGGGGACGUUGGAGUUGUAG